CAUAAUAAUAAUAAUAAUAAUAAUAAUUUAUUUAUUUUAGUUUAAAAAAGCGAGUGCUCGCGAUCUUACACGCUCGUAAAAAAUAGAGCACGUGAACCCGCCUUAAAUUUACGAUUGUACACCUGAAUCACCAGAAUUCCACGUGUUUUUUUGUUCUUUUGCCACAAGAUAAAUAUCUUGUACUAAAAUUCAACGGAUAAAACUCUAGACAUUUUAACGUUUAAAUAAUCUCUUUUGUAUACCGAAUAGCAGCUUAAUUGUGCUGAUAAAACUGUGUGAUAUCGUGAUUGUCGAGAAUAUUUUUUUACGAGCUGAGUCGAGUAGAAGAGAACAAGAGUUACAGUAAGAGGAAUAAGAGUAACAGCGACGAUAUUUUAUCAUUAUACUGAGUAAGAAGUAAGAAAUUGACCAUGUGGUAUUUUUACGGGUUUCCCAUGACGCCACGCCCGCGAGAUUCUCAAAAUGGAGACUGGAAUGACGGGUUUUCGAUUAACAAAAUCGAGAAGCUAAUGACAACUUGUGGGCCGAAUUUUACUGGAAAUAUUUCGUGGCGCAGUAGACAACGGAACGGAUUUAAAUGUCGCGGAAGUAAUGCAACCAGUUCACAAAUUAGUAAACGAUACAGAUUCAGCAGUGAGACUGGAAUUGGUUGAUCAGCUGCCCCAUGUCGCUAUGAUUUGUCAAGAAGCGCCGGAUAGAUUCGGAAAUGUUUUUUCGAACCAUCUUAUUCAUAUUAUUGUUAACUUCCUUCAUGAUUCCGAUCAACAGGUGCGACAAUCAACUCACAAUGCGCUGUUGGCACUAAUCGAACGCGGCCUCCUGGACAAGCAUUCCGUGGAACAUGUUAUGGCACCGACACUCUUGAUGAUGGGCGCGCAGCCAGCAAAACUGGAGUUCAUUAACUUUGCAAUCGAUGGAAUGAGCAAAGUUGCGUCCUUACUUGAUCCCGAGACUGCUGAAAAACUUUUUUUAGAGCGUUACUUAUCGCUAUGCACUGAUGUUAAUUUUUUUAUACGUAAAUUAUGUGCGAUACAUUUUGGGGAAUUUUCAACCUCGAUGACUAAAGAAACUAUGUAUGAAAAAAUGUUGCCGAUGUAUGUAAAUUUAUGCAAGGACUUGGUGUGGACAGUAAGAAAAUCUUGCGCAGAAGUGAUAGUAUCAAUAGCCUGCUGUGUCCCAGUAGAAUUACGACGCACAACUUUGUCUGAUAUAUUAGCUAGUCACCUAGAAGAUGAAUCCAAGUGGGUUAGACUGUCAGCCUAUCAAAUGCUCGGUCCUUUUAUAUCGACAUUUGCUAAGAAAUUUACUGGAAUCGCGUACAAUCACUACGGGGAACUCAUACUCACAGACCAGCAUGGUACUGAGCUCAGGUAUAACAUGAUAUCUUUUGCCGGUUCGAUUGAUUCAUCGAUGUCCUGCAAAGCAUCAUCAGACGAAGACUACGAGCAGGACAACGAAAUGUUGAACAACUUUGGAUCCAAGAAUAGUAGCAAUUCCAUGUUUGUUGAGUCGAAGGCAGUAACAACUCGCAGAACAUCAAGAAGUGGCUACAGAGCCUCGAAGGUCGAUGCGCUUAAUAAAUUUUAUGACGAAUUUCAGAAGCAUCACCAGAGUAUAGAAGACAACUCUUUGUUGAAUGAGUCAUCUAAGAACCUGUGGAACAGUAUGGUUUCUUUGAAUGAGCCCACUGUAUACGACGACCUGGUGCCCGAAGAACAUCAUCAGUUUAAUUCAUUCCUCUACUACUACAUACCGCCGCCGGAUUUACCUCUUUUAGACGGUGAUCUCAUACAACUGAGCAAUGAUUCAUCUGCCGAAGAUAAUUCAAUACAUCAAGAUAAAUCACCCAAAGAGUCUGCGGAUGACAGAACGGAGUUGGUUAAUAAUUCUGACAGUAAUACGCAGGUUGAAGUCACAGUCGAAGAUGUUACAAGUAGUGAGAUUAAUACUGAUUUAGCCCAGGACAGCAAAGAGAUGAAGAAUGAGAAGAAUCAGGAGACUGAGAAAAAUCUUAGCUAUCAAGACAAUCAAGAUCAGGAUAAUAAAAAUGAUGAUGAUAAUGAAAAUGAAGAUAAUAAACAAGGUAAAGUGGAAGAUACUGUUAAAGAUGAGCUAAAUAAUGUUAAUAAUAAUUUAAAUAAAUCCUCAGAAGAAAAUAAUUUGAUGAAUGAAACCAUAAGUAUAUCAAACACAUCAUUAGAUGAUAACAAUUGUGAAUCAUCGGCUGACGCCAAACAGCGUAGUUUUAUCAGGAAGCAUUCGUCUGAUGACAAUCACCAGACAAUUGUUCCCCAGGAAUUGAUUAAUUUAUUCGUCUCAAUGGCAGAUCCCGAGGCAUGGUGGAAUUUAAAGUGGAACAGCGCUGAAAUACCUCGUUUUUGCGCGUUUUAUUUUCCGGCUGUCGUGCUGACUUUAGGAAAAGAAAACUGGCCUAUGCUUAAAACAGCGUACGGAUAUUUGUCAGACGCCCGUGAGUAUAAAGUACGUCGGACUAUGGCCUCGAGUAUUCACGAGGUGGCGAUUAUUUUGGGUGAAGAAUUAGCGGCGCAAGAUUUGCUUCCAAUAUACGACGGGUUUAUAAAAGACUUGGAUGAAGUUAGAAUAGGUGCUCUUAAACAUCUAGCGACCUUUUUAAAAGUUCUAAAGCCGGCAGAUCGCUGUCACUUCUUGCCGCGCCUCCAGGCAUUCCUGUCGAUCGACAACGAUGGAAACUGGCGGUUUCGCGAGGAAGUUGCUUGUCGUCUGCUCGAAGCAGUGUCACUCUACACCCCUCAGGAUGUUGCUAAACACAUUGCGCCUCUGUCGUUCCCUUUACUGGUGGACAAAGUUGCCGCCGUAAGACAAAUGGCUCUGGAGCUUGUUACCCAGAUAAUUUCAUACCUGUCCAGCGACGAGACUUUGGUGACGACAAUAAUUCAACAGCUGGAGGAAAUGCUGACUGCUAAUUCGAGUCGAUGGACUUGCAGACAAACGUUCGCAUUACUCUGUGCCUCAUUGAUCAGCAAAGACGCUAUCAGUGGUGAAAAAUUUGCCAGUGAAUUGCUGCCGUCUCUUUUAGAAUUGUCCACAGAUGUAGUGCCUAAUGUCAGACUUGCUGUUGUAAGGACUUUGACGACGCAAGUUGUUAAUAUAAGCAAUAUUCUCAGUGAGGAGCAGGUGAAACAGAUUAAUGAUAAGGUGCGAAAUUUUCGACAAGACCCCGAUCGCGAUGUCAGAGCACUUGCCGGCGGCAGUGUAGGAAAAUACCAAGCAUGCAAGUGACCAGAAGUUAGAUCUAUCAUCGCUGUUGAUAAUAAAAGACAGUUGGAUGGAAAUUAGGGGAUCAAAAAAAUUUUAGUUUCACGUUCGAAUUUAUUAUGUCCAUAUAUUUUUAAUUAAUUAAUCGAUUCUAUGAAAAUUAAUAUGUUUUUAGAUAUGAUGGAUAAAUAUUUCAUUUUUUUAUUAUAAAUUUUUUUAAAAAGCAAGCAAUGAGCCUAGGCAUGAUUAUUAUUAUUAUUGUUUCUUUAUUCACUAUUAAAUUUAACCGAGUAGAUAGUGUAAAUUCGUUAACGAAAAGAUUAUAAAUAUAAUAAUAAUAAUAAUAAUAAUAAUUAAUAAUUAGUAAUAAUAGUUAAUAUUAAUAAUGAUAAUCAGCAUUUGUAUUUAAAGCUCAAAUAAAAAACGAAUUGGUGAUAUUUUGUCCAAAUCGUCCGACAUGUAUUAGUGCUACGAUUUUGUACUGCCUAUUAUUAAUUAAAUAAAAACGUUUAUAAAUUGUAGUCCUGGCCAGCUUGGUCAAUUGUUGAUAACGUUUUGUAGACUUUUUAUUUACAUAGCAUAUUAUUGAGUACAGAUGAGCUAGUUUUGAAAUUUUUAUAGGCUUUAUAUCAAAUUUCGAGUAGUGUCAGUCGGUUAAUUUUUGCACCGCAUUUUUAUCACUUAAUUUUUUACAGCCAAUAAACUUUUUAAUAUAAAAUCAAUAAAAAAAAUUUUUUUUCCGAUCAUUUAAUAAACUUCUCCCGCAUUUAUUAUUGAUUUUUUUGUUUAAUUGUGAAAAAUGAAUUUUGUAAUGAAGUAUGUAUGACGGGUAAAUGUCAGACAGGAAAGAUUAAACCUAAAUGAUUGUAAAUUCCUGUAUUGUAUAAUAUUAUUAAAUAAAUGUAAUUUUUACUUGUCCUCGUGAUAUGAAAAUUGUCAGAUUGUACAAUAAAAUCAAUUAGUGAAGCAAAAAUAAAUGAUGAUAAUAAUGAUAAUGAUGUUGAUUGUAAACAAUAACGAGUUGAUUGUUUGGUAUUCACAAAUACAUUUAAGUAAUUAUAUUUUCCUCCAACUGGCACCGAUUAUUGUGAAUACACUUUCUGCGCAUUGUUUUUAUUUAAUAAAUAAUUAUAAUAACAACAAAUGAUAAUAAUUGUAUAAAAAUACAGGAUGUAUUUGAUAGCUCAAUGCAAAAAAUAAAUCUUAAUAUUGAUUAGUAAA